CUCUCUUCGCUCUUUUCAUUGCCUCUCUCUUGCCGCCUCCACGCUGCCGUCGCGAUCUGCCCUUCUUUGGCCGCCUUGCGCGCCGCUUAACGUAUCGACGGCCGGGCACCAGAUACCUCAUCCCGCUUUCUGUUCCCCACUAAACUCUCCGACGACCGAUCUUGGAUCGGCCGAAUCUUUCUUUGGUUUCUUUCUCGGAGAACCGUUUGAUCGGAUUACUACGUUGGUGGGUUGGAGGGAUACAGGAUCAAGACUGAAAGAGGAAAGCCAUGGCCGAUUGGGAAGAAGAAGAUUUUGAACCUGCACCUCCAGGUCUAAUUAGUAAUCAGCCAAAAGGACAGUGGGAUGAUGAGGAUGUGGAAGAUGAAAAUGUCAAAGAAUCCUGGGAAGAUGAAGAAGUUCCUGUGCAGGAACUGCAUGGGGAUGUCAGUGAAGGCCACAUCACUAUCUUCUGAGUAGCUGAGCAUCUCCUGUGACACUAUAAUAUGGUUAUUCUAUUCAACUACUUGAGAGUGCAAAGGUGGAUAUGCUGGAGCUAUGUUCACAUAAUGUUUGAUGCAUUCAAGCGGCAUACAUCUGGGAUACCGGACCGCACCCUCAUCAUCAGAAUGCACUCUCUUGGGUCUCCUUUUAGGGCCCCUGUGAAUUGCAGUUCUUGGCCUUCUUUGUGUGCAAAAGGGUUCCACUGACAGAUUCUUUCUUUGUUAAUUUCUUUAAACUUUUCACUUAUAUAGAACAGAUCUUGGAAACUGUUAUCUAAAAGUCAAAAGAUGUGUUUUUUUUUGGUGGGAUGGUUGAGCAAGAGCACCAAUAUUUAUUUGUUUUAUUAAUGACAUAUAGGUCAUGAAUUUGUUGAUGCAGGCACCGAAGCUAGAGACUAAAGCAGCAAAGCCAGGCCACAAAGGUGCUGGAGAGAGAGAGAAACUACCUGAAGCGAAGAGAAGUGAAAUAGCUAAUGAAGUUCUAGCUGAUCCUAUUGCUGAGAAACUUCGCCAACAAAGACUUGUUGAAGAAGCUGAUUACAAGUCAACUGCUGAGUUGUUUGCCAAGAAAGGCGUUGAGAAAACUCUUGAUAGCUUUAUUCCAAAAUCGGAGGGUGAUUUUCUAGAGUAUGCUUUGCUUCUCUCUCACAAAAUUUGCCCUUACGAGAAAAGCUUUCAUUACAUUGGUCUUCUAAAAGAUGUUAUAAGGCUCUCUAUGACUUCACUAAAAGCAGCAGAUGCGAAAGAAGUAGCUUCUUCAGUUACGGCAAUUGCCAAUGAGAAACUUAAGGCAGAAAAGGAAGCUAACGCAGGCAAGAAGAAACAAGGCACAAAGAAAAAGCAGCUUCACGUAGAUAAAGCGGAGGACGACUAUGGCACAGCAGGUCGCUAUGAUGACAUGGAUGAUUAUGACUUCAUGUGAAUAAUUAAAAUGGUUCUUAUUGUGUAUGAUUAUUGAGAGAUUUUAAAGAGUGGACGAGAUGUAUAAGAACCAGCAGUGGCUUUGAAAAAAAGUAGAACCAACAGUGGCAAUUUCCAGAGCGUUCUCCAAGGCAUUUAAGGUUACGGUCGAGUCCAUUGCAUAUUUUGCUUGAGUGGCUUCAUUUUCUUUUAUUUUAUGAUGUUUUUGUAUCCGUUACAUCGGUACUUUUUCUUGGUCUGAUGUCAGAACAAGUUUUGUAAUCUGCGUGAAAACUGUAGCAGUUUUGGUUAAGAAAAAAACGUUUCAUUUGUUCGA